GGAGGGGCUGGCUUCGGUGAGCUGGUGGGCUUCCACUGCCUCACAGACACAUUUUAUUGACUUGCUAAUUGGAUGAGGCUCUCGGAGGAGAGGAUGCGGUGACCAGGAGGAGCAGCGCGCCAGAGGAGGGAUACAGGCACAAGAAAGCAUCGCUCGGCUUGCGUAAAUCCGGCCACUUAAUCUCAUCAUCUUCUUUUUUUUUUUUCCUGCAGACAUAACAACAGAUGUUUCUGAGCAUCUCUCAGUGACCCUCGCAACGUGCAGAUGAUUUUUUUUUUAUACAUGACAUUGUCGAACGGAGGGCUUUCAGUUGCCAGACGCUUCGUGACCAAAGUGAAUGAUAAAAAAAAAAAUUCCGGCUCCCUUUCACAUGUUUUCAUCUUGGGUUCAUCAGCUGGAGCAAUAUUUUUUUCCCUCGGCGUUCUUUGAUGUGAAUGGUUGUGUGAUGGCUGGAUAAAUUCUUCAUCGGAUCAGAAGCACAAGGAGCUGAGAGUGGAUUUUCUUCAGGAGGAAAAUGAAGGUGCCACUGUCCUGAGGUCUGCUGUCCCAAUGAGCCAAGCAGCCAACUCGCAGAAACGCACCACCUACCUCAUCUCCCUCACUCUGGUGAAGGUUGAGGCUGUGCCAGACGAUGUUGCGGGGAACCAGACAGAGGCUCUUCCAGAGGGGGAAGGGAUCCCGAAGAGGGCGAAGGAAGAGGAGGGGAUGGACGUGAGCCUUGCUCCCGAGAAUGCAGAAAGACCUUUAAGCGUGGAAGUGGCGGAAAAAGAAAACGCGCACAGGGAAGAGGAGGUGGAACAGGUGCGUGACAAGUAUGGCAGCCCCGCUGAGAGCAGGGCUAAGCCGGAGAAGCGAGAGUUGCACACACACCAAAAAGACAUCGCGACGUUGGGAAAGGGCAAAGACACCUCAUUUCUACAUCAGCCCGUUAAGCAAAUGGUUAAAGUUUAUGGAGGGCCUGCCCCUGAAGGCACCGUGCGCAGAGAGGGGCCUCGCUCGGACGCCAUGCGCCCUAAGACGGAGCUCUACCGGGAACCUCCCACACUGUUCGCCAAGGGGGAAAAUGGAGCAGACUUGAACAGUCGGUCACGUUCUAGUCUGCCCUUUUCCGUCCCGCCACCAAUCAGCCAGCAUCCUGAAGUGGUAAUGAGGUCACAUGCAGGAGGUAACUCUGCAUGCUGGAGGGAGCUCAGAGAGGCCAACACAACUGUGUAUCACUCUGCUAAGACUCUGGAGCGCAGAGAUAACCGCGUCGGGGACCAGUCCCCCUUAAUGGCAGCUACAACCAUGGGGCCUUACAGGGCGUCCUGGGCCGACAGUGACGGCAGAGGGACUCUCAUUCGACCCGGGGCUCCCAUGAGUGGAGGAUUUUCAGGCGUAAUGGCGCGGGAGAGCCCACAAGGGGAGAGGUAUAAGGCAGUCUGCGUUUCUCUACCAACCCCUCCAGUCCCCGACGUGCCCAGGCCUCCCAGAAAAGGUACAAGUCGUACCCUCGACAACAGUGACCUGCACUCCCUCUCUGAGGACCUGAAGAAAGCGAAGGAGGGUCAGGGGGGAACGAUACAGCGUGCUCCUCCCCGGGAUCGCAAAAUGCUCAAGUUCAUUAGUGGGAUUUUUACCAAAAGUACCGCUGGACCUCCCAGUGUCAACACAGCAGCUCCCAUCUACCCAGCUGUGGAGAGGGGCUCCAGUGAGGAGGAAGCUCCAUGCAGCAGUCAAGAGUGGCCAAUGAGUCAAACUGUGCAAGAACUUCAUCUGGGUGUAUUGGGAGGCCUGUGCAGUGGGAAAUCGGCUCUGGUUCACAGACACUUAACAGGAAGUUACCUGCCGCUGGAGAACGCAGAGGGACGACAGUACAUUAAGGAUGUGCAGGUGGAUGGACACAGCCACCUGCUGAUAAUCAGAGAAGAGACAGAACUUCCGGGCCCUCAGCUUGCAAACUGGGUAGAUGCUGUCAUCUUGGUCUUUAGUUUGGAGAAUGAGGCCAGCUACCAGGAAGUUUAUAAAAACUACCACCAACUCGCUAUGCAUCGGCCUGUCACCGAGAUACCUUUCAUAGUAGUUGGCACCCAGGGUGAUCGGUUUAUCCGUUUUCUAGAUAAGAUCAGCAGCACCAACCCGAGGGUAAUAGACGAUGCCAAGGCCAGACAGCUCUGCUCAGAUGUCCGGCGCUGCACUUAUUAUGAGACCUGUGCGACCUACGGCCUCAAUGUGAACAGAGUCUUCAACGAUGCUGCUCAGAAGAUCAUGGCAGCCAAGAAGCAAGCAGCUUUACUGGCUUCUUGUAAAUCUCUUCCAAACUCUCCCAGUCACUCUGGAGGCUCCACGCCAGUGUCCGGAGUCUUUCCAGGACAGGCAAGUAACGGUGGCCAGAGCAGUGAUUAUUCUUCUUCGCUUCCCUCCACUCCUGUGAUCAGUCAUAAAGAGAUUGGCAGAACACUGAGAGGCGAGAAAUCAGACAGUGGUGCACCCGGAUCAGUCCGCAGUGUUCGAAGGCGUGCGCCUAGAUUUGCUGGUCGGAGAGGCAGUGACUCAAACAGAAGGAGUGCAGACUUUAAGGGGGAUUUUGGCAGCGGGCGCUACAUUCCCAUCAAGCAGGGCAUCCUGCUGAAGCGCAGUGGCAACUCGCUCAACAAAGAGUGGAAGAAGAAGUAUGUCACACUGUCCAACGAUGGCAUUCUCUCCUAUCACUCCAGCGUGAAUGAGUACAUGCUGAAUACCCCGGGGAAAGAGAUGGACCUGCUGAGAGUGACGGUGAAGGUGCCGGGAAAACGACCGCCCCGUGCUGUGCCCACGUGUGGCCCCCCAGCAGGGCUCAAUGGGAGGGUGAAAGAUGUGCUGGGACCUGAGGUGAGCGCAAGUAAUCUGCUCCAAGUGGAGGAGAUGGAAGGGCUGGGAGGAGCAUUGUUUCUGAGGAGUAACAUAGGUGUUCAGCGGUGCCCUUCUACUCUAUCCAAUCAUGCUCAAGGUGUUGACUCUGCAGUUGAAGGAGUCUCCAGCUCUUCUUCUACCAAAGAUGUAGGUUCUGCUUCCCCAUGCACAGACAGGAAGAAGAAUCGCAGAAAGAAGAGCAUGAAUCAGAAAGGAGAUGCAACCAUGGGCCAGGCAGAUGCCAAGCGUAAAAUGUGGAAACUCAAAAGUUUUGGUAGCCUAAGAAACGUAAGCAAGACAGAUGAGGACAAUUUUGAAUUCCUUGUUGUGUCGAGCACUGGCCAGACAUGGCAUUUUGAAGCCCAGAGUGUGGAGGAGAGGGAUUCCUGGGUCCAAGCCAUUGAGAGCCAGAUUCUGGCCAGCCUGCAGCUGUGUGAGAGCAGCAAACACAAGGCAAGAAGCAGCAAAACACAUGAGUCACAACAUGGUUUUUAUUUUUUUGAUCGCAAGAACAGUCAGAGUGAUGCUGUGGCACUGCAGGCCAUCCGCAAUGCAAAGGGGAACAGCUUCUGUGUAGACUGCGAAGCUCCAAAUCCAACAUGGGCCAGUCUGAACCUGGGAGCUCUCAUUUGCAUCGAGUGUUCUGGGAUUCACAGAAACUUGGGAACGCACCUGUCACGGGUUCGCUCCCUCGCCCUGGAUGAUCUUCCCAGAGAGCUCACGCUGGUUCUCAGUGCCAUCGGUAACCACCUGGUCAACAGUUUAUGGGAGGCACGCACAAUGGGUCACCGUAAACCCACCCCUGAUGCCACACGGUACACGAACAGAUUAGAGGAGCGGGAGUCGUGGAUCCGAGCCAAGUACGAGCAGAAAUUGUUUGUGGCGCCAUUGCCUCCUCCCACCCCCAGCGAGGGCCUAGACAUCACUUUAUCAGGCCGUCUUGUGUUGGCAGUGAUGGAGCGCAAUCUGCCCAAGCUGCUGCUCCUUUUGGCCCACUGCACGAAGGAGGACAUUAAUGGCCCUCUCAGCCUCUCGCUCUCCUCCAGGUCGCUCUUAGCGCUGCGGCUGCCUGGCUCUGCCCUGCACGCCGCCUGUCAACAAGCCGACGUGGUGAUGACGCAGCUCCUCGUUUGGUAUGGCUGUGAUGUCCGGUAUCGGGACGCUCAGGGGCAAACAGCUUUGGCUCUGGCUCAAAAUGCUGGAAGCCAGGAGUGUGUUGACAUCCUUCUGCAGUACGGAUGCCCGAAUGAAGCGCCCUCCUCCUCCUCCUCCGUCGCCGUGACAUCCGGAUUCGCAUCAGCCGCCACAUCCAGCUUCCCAGUUGCCAUGACACCAAGUUUAACAGUUGCCACGACACUUAAAAUCUCAAACAAGAGCAGCAGUACCAACAUCAGUUACAGCACCUCCAGAAGAGCAGUAUCAUAAUCUCAAUGUGCCGUGGCAUACUGUGUGUGUGUGUGUGUAUGUGACCUAGUCGCUUCCCCCUCAUUGUGUCCUGUACAUGCAGACGGGCUCGUUGGACUGAUCAGCGCGUUGACAGAUGGCGCGUUCCUGGAGGAAAAUGGGGUUGUUGAGGUGUA